CCUAGGCCUGACAGGUAUAGCACGCAUCGAUGACAUAAGAAGUGCACAAAGUGAAUGUCCAAAAUGAGUAUAAUACUGUUAGUGGUGCGGAGGAAGCACUUACACAUUAUAAUUGGUCUCUGGGGACUUAUAAAGGGGUGGGGUCCGGCCAUCCGGGAUUAAAAUAUCAGCUCCUAUUUUCACUUUUCUGUACUAAGGUGGGUUUCGAUGGAAGAUGUAGUCUGGACUCUGGACUCUGGACUCUGGCCUGAUUUUUUAGUAUGACUUUAAGAGCUGAUGGGGCCUAUUCCAUUUGUCAAGUUGUUGAGUAGAAUUUAGAUGGAUCCUGCUAAGGUUUUAUGCAUUAGUGCAUAUCAUAUUUAUGGUGAAUAAAACAGGACCACCACCAAGGGGCCAACAUUAGUCAUUUCAACCGCAAAAUGCCAUCACCACAACGACUUCUUCUUUCAGAUCGUCAUCUCUCAGUACUCUGUUUAUUUCUCAUUGAUUUUCAUCCUCAAACGUUAAAUACAUGUACAGUUCGCGACAACGGUUACAGAUUAUCCUUUUAACUUCUCUCCAGUCUCCACCAUUCAUGAAGCUUUAAUAAUGUCUCCAAUCUCAAACUGCAACUGAUUCGCAUGACACAUGUUACAUGUACGGGGAAUUACUACUUACGAAUGUUACAGGCUCGUCCACUGUAACUCAGACAACUAGUUGUAGCUUCAUUAAGUUCCCUUUUCUCCCAUCCUUACGAGUCGGGAGUCAGGAGACGCCAACUUGGUGCUCUCAGUAUAUACUCCUCUGCUACACCAACUCUGUUACUUGGUGUUUUUGCUUUUGCUUUUCAUCUUUAUCCAGGUCCUUGUCCGAGUUUCCCCUCAUAUCUGAUGACCUUCUAUUAUUUGGUUGCCUUCUCGUGGAAACAGAAGUGUUGAGUUUCAGUCAGCAUAAUAUUUUCUGCUGAUCCUUGCCUCAUUUUCUUUAUCGGAGCAACUCUAAUGAAGCAGCUAUUCGCCUUGAAUAUAGCAUGGCUUCUGGCGUCAAUGAUCUUGUACAAUGGUUUUCCUGUAAUUGGAGUGCGCACAAACGUUUCCACUAGACCAGAAGUUGUCAAUAUCGGUGCUAUUUUUGCAUUCAAAUCUGUGAUUGGAAAAGCUGCAAAAGUUGCAAUAGAAGCGGCCAUUGAAGAUAUAAAUUCCAACCCAGAUAUUCUUCAAGGAACUAAAUUAGGAUUACAAAUGAAAGACUCCAAUUACAGUGGAUUUAUGGCAAUAGUGGAAGCUUUACUGUUCAUGGAGAGAGAAACUGUGGCCAUAAUUGGCCCCCAGUCUUCUGUGACGGCUCAUGUGAUUUCCCAUAUUGUGAAUGUUCUGCGAGUCCCUCUAUUGUCAUUCUCAUCCACAGAUCCUACCCUGUCUCCAAUUCAGUUCCCAUUCUUUAUCAGGACUUCUCAGAACGAUUUAUAUCAGAUGGCUGCCAUCGCUGAAAUCAUAGACUAUUACGAAUGGAGAGAGGUCAUAGCAAUCUACCAGGAUGAUGAUCAUGGAAGAAACGGGAUUGCUGCAUUGGGGGAUAAGCUGGCCGAAAGACGAUGCAGGAUCUCCUAUAAAGCGCGUUUAAGUCCAGAUGCAACGCGGGAUGAAAUCACUGAAGUUUUGGUUAAGGUGGCUUUAAGUGAGUCAAGGAUUCUCGUGGUCCACGUUCCUGGUAGCUGGGGUCUAACAGUGUUCAGUGUGGCUCAGUAUCUCGGGAUGCUGGGAACUGGCUAUGUCUGGAUCGCUACCAAUUGGCUAUCUACUGUCUUAGAUACUAAUUCUCCCCUCUCUCAAGAUGCUAUGAAUGAUAUUCAAGGAGUUGUUACGUUGCGAAUGUACACACAAGAUUCAGAACUCAAGAGGAGAUUUGUUUCAAGGUGGAGCAACUUAACCAGCGGAAACCCAGUUGGACUAAACACUUAUAGUCUAUAUGCCUAUGACACAGUCUGGUUGCUAGCUCAUGCAAUCAAUGGAUUUUUAAAUCAGGGUGGAAACAUUUCAUUUUUAAAUAAUUCUAGGUCACCUGAGCUACAUGGAGGAAACUUACACCUAGAUGCUUUGAGCGUCUUCCAAGGAGGGAACUUGUUACUUGACAACAUUUUAAGAACCAAUAUGAAGGGUGUAACAGGCGAUGUCAGGUUUACUACAGAUCGGAGUCUCGUUCAUCCUGCAUAUGAAGUCAUCAAUGUGAUUGGCACUGGCUAUAGAAGAAUCGGAUACUGGUCUAAUCAUUCUGGCUUAUCAGUCGCGCUUCCAGAAACCCUUUGGACUAAACCACCUAACCGUUCUACCGCAAGUCAAACAUUAUACAGCGUUGUUUGGCCUGGACAAACAACACAAAAACCCCGUGGAUGGGUGUUUCCAAAUAGCGGGAGACAUUUGAAAAUUGGAGUUCCCUAUCGUGUUAGUUACCGUGAAUUUGUCUCAAUAAGAGGCCCUGAUGCAAUUACUGGAUACUGCAUUGAUGUAUUCACUGCUGCUCUGAAUUUGUUGCCCUAUGCUGUCCCAUAUAAAUUAAUUCCCUUCGGGGAUGGCCGUACCAAUCCUAGUGGCACUGAGCUUGUGCGUUUGAUCACAGCAGGUGUAUUUGAUGCGGCUAUAGGUGACAUUGCAAUCAUCACUAACAGAACAAAGAUGGCAGAUUUCACACAACCAUAUAUUGAGUCAGGAUUAGUUGUGGUGGCCCCAGUUUGGAGGAAGAAUUCUAAUGCUUGGGCCUUUCUGAGGCCAUUCACCGGAAGGAUGUGGGCGGUGACAGCUAUCUUUUUCUUGUUGGUGGGAACAGUAGUUUGGAUUUUAGAGCAUAGGAUGAAUGAUGAUUUCAGAGGCCCCCCAAGAAAACAAGUAGCCACUAUUUUAUGGUUUAGUUUUUCAACUUGGUUCUUCGCCCAUAGGGAAACUACUGUCAGCGUACUUGGUCGCAUAAUUCUUAUUAUCUGGCUAUUUGUCGUUCUUAUAAUCAACUCUAGCUACACAGCAAGCCUGACCUCAAUCCUUACAGUGCAACAACUUACUUCUCCCAUUAAAGGCAUUGAAACUUUAUUGUCAACCAAUGAUCCUAUUGGGUACCAGCAGGGAUCAUUUGCCCGAAAUUAUUUAAUUGAUGAACUAAAAAUUGAUGCAUCAAGACUGGUUCCUCUGAAUUCGCCAGAAGAAUCUGCAAAAGCAUUGAAAGAUGGGCCUGACAAGGGUGGUGUUGCUGCAAUGGUGGAUGACCGUGCUUACAUCGAGCUCUUUCUCUCCACCAGAUGUGAAUUCAGUAUCGUGGGUCAAGAGUUCACCAAAAACGGAUGGGGUUUUGCCUUUCCACGGGACUCUCCUUUAGCAGUGGACAUGUCAACUGCGCUUCUGAAACUCUCAGAGAAUGGGGAUCUUCAAAGGAUCCAUGACAAAUGGCUGCUAAGGCGGGCAUGCAGUUAUCAAGGUGCAAAGAUGGAAGCGGACAGGCUUCAGCUUAAAAGCUUUUGGGGCCUAUUUGUCAUAUGUGGAUUAGCUUGCUUGAUUGCUCUUUUUGUAUAUUUCUUUAAGAUGGUGCGGCAAUUCAGCCGGCACUACGCUGAGGAAUUGGAGUUAUCUGGGCAAAGGUCCCAAUCUGCACGCAUUCAGACGUUUCUUUCGUUCGUGGAUGAAAAGGAGGAGGAGGUUAAAAGUCGGUCCAAGAGAAGGCAAUUGGAGAGAGCCUCUAAUAGAACUGAAGAUGGAUCAGUUAGCAGCUCCAACUCCAACAUAAGAAGCAAUAGUGAAUUUGCUUCAAACAAAACCAUAGCAGCUAGUUGUGAAGUCUAGUUUUGUUACAUCUAUUUGAUAAUAAUGAUAAUAAGGAUAUCAAAGUCGCUCUUUAAAAGCUAGCCCUGUCCUCGGGCAAUUAUAUGGUCCUUAGUAGGCAGGCGUCACUAUGGCUGGGUCUUCUAUGUGGGCAUGCAGUGUUAUAACAAAACAUGUGGCACUUCUCUUUCAUAUGGUGUAAAACGUAUUGGCAUCUAGUUGCAGAAGCAAUGGAGUUAUGGCAUCUAGUUGCAGAAGCAAUGGAGUUAUGGUAAAUCAUGUAAGAAUCACGUUAGCACCCUCAGCCUCGGCACAAAGGGGCCAAGGCGUAUCUAAUUUGUACAGGCUUCCUUUUCUUCCAUUUUUCUUUCAUAAUUGACUCCAAGGAUUCACCAAAAUUAUGGGUUCCCGUAAAGGCUUCGCUUUUCAUCAAUUACCA